AUGGAUGUACCACCUUCUCGAGCUCGCGCGGCACUGAGAACACCUGAUAGUGCAGCGAUUCAGCAGGGUCAAACACAAGCCGAGCGACCCCCUCCCCUCGUUCCAUUCCAUCCUGGCUCGAUUCCUUCUGCGUUCUGCCCCCUCCAGCGCCUCCUCCUCUGUUCCUCUAUCCCUAACCCUAACCCAGGCGACGGCGCCGUUGCCCGCGGCUCUCCCUUCACCGACGGCGCCAUCUGGUCCGAGUCUGCGCUGGAGGAGCACGUGUACGUCGGGGAGGCAGCAAGGCCAGCACGCCGUCGGUCCGUCCUUCCCUGGUUCCUCACGGAGCGCCACGAAGAGGAAAAGAUAAUGGUGAAGGAGAAGGGGAAUGAGAAGGGAAAGGGUGCUGGUAAGGAGAAUGCGAAGGCGAAGGCAAAGGAGAAAAGCGUGAAUUACCUAAUUAGGCAAGAUUCGGCGCUGCCUAACUAGGGUAACUAUUCUUCCUACAUGUUUCACUUGUCCUACAUGUUCAAUGAUGAUAAGACCUUCUGUUUGUGGAUGUGAUAUUUGUGCUUAACCUGA